GCAGUUCUCAGAGCGACAUGGGACUGGCGGCCCAACCAAUAGAUAACUCGGGCACUGCUCGUCCGCUGUCGGAUCUGAACGUCGCCCAGUUCACAGCUCACAGAUCACAGCUCACAGCUCACUCCCCAAUUCAGCCGCGAUACAGAGCAGAGCAUGUCGACUUGUAUGGUGAUCAGGACUGGCACGCUAUUUAUUACAUCUCAAUCCUUUGUGUUUUAGCACGUCCAAGACUUGGCCCAGCUCCAUGUCUACCCCGCGGGCUCACGCCGUCACGCUUCCCGCCGCCGUCGACUACUACGACUUGGGUACCUUUUGUCGCCACAUCACGACCCAGAGUCAAGAUGCGCAGGUUUGGUUCGCAAGAGGCCUCGUCUGGGCGUAUUCCUUCAACCACGGCGAAUCGGUCCGGUGCUUCGAGCAGGUGAUUGUCCAUGAUCCUUCGUGUGCGAUGGGCUACUGGGGCGUGGCCUUUGCGUCGGGGCCCAACUACAACAAGAAAUGGACUGCCUUUGACGACGUAGAACUCAAAGCCUCCAUUACCAAGUGCCAUCAUAUGGUCAUGUUAGCAAAGCAGCACGCUGCCUCAGCAUUGCCGGUGGAACGGGCGCUCAUCAACGCCCUCGAGUAUCGGUUCCCGUUCAGCUCUGUGCCAGAGGACUUUUCACCUUCGGUCUUGGAAUUCGCCAAUGAAAUGAGAAAGGCGUAUAGGGAAUUCGGAGAUAAGGACUUGGACGUUGUGGCACUCACUGCCGACGCGUUGAUGAAUACCAACCCGUGGAAUUUGUUUGAAAAGAAGACGAGGAAACCCAACCUAUCGACUCCCAUCUUGGAGAUCAAGGACAUGCUCGAGCGUGCCUUGAGGCUUCCGGAUUCUCGCUAUCAUCCUGGAAUAUUGCACAUGUACAUCCACCUAAUGGAAAUGUCGGAUACCCCAGAAGUCGCUCUCAUGCCCGCCAACUACCUGCGCAACCUCGUACCAGAUUCGGGCCACAUGUGUCAUAUGCCUAGCCAUAUCGAUGUGCUCGUGGGGGACUACCGCCGGGCCAUUGAUACGAAUAUGAAGGCUACUAUCGCAGACGACAAGUUCUUUGCCAAGAGGGGGGGACGUAGCUUUUACAGCUUCUACCGGUUGCACAACUACCACUCUCUCAUCUACGCCGCCAUGCUCGCCGGCCAGUCCCGUGUGGCACUCGAGGCGGUUGACAGAAUGGAGGCAACUAUUACAGAGGACCUACUGCUCAUGGACUCCCCCCCGAUGGCAAAUUGGAUGGAGGUCUUCAAAUCCGUCCGAACCCACGUCCUGAUCCGCUUCGGCAUGUGGGAUGAGCUCAAGACACAGCCCAUCCCCGAAAACAAACAACUCUACUGCGUCACCCUCGCCAUGACGCACUACGGAAGAGGGAUUGCAUGGGCUGCGACCGGAAACGUCGGCGAGGCAGACAAGGAACGGGACCUCUUCCGCGUCGCCGCGAAACGAGUGCCUCGGUCGCGGCUGAGCUUCCCAAACAGAGUGGUGGACGUACUCAAAGUGGCCGUCGCGAUGCUGGACGGCGAGAUUGAGUACAGGAGAGGGAACUACGGCGUCGCCUUUGAGAGUCUCCGACUCGCGGUUGCGCGCGACGACGCGCUUGUAUAUGGCGAGCCCUGGGGCUGGAUGCUCCCAACUCGCCAUCCGUACGCCGCACUCCUCCUUGAGCAGGGCCGCGUCGAAGAGGCCUCGGUUGUAUAUGCGGAGGACUUGGGGCUGAAGAAGUCGCUUAAUCGAGCGCAUCAGAACCCGAACAAUAUCUGGGCGCUGCAUGGCUACUAUGAGUGUCUGGUACGUCUUGGACGCACCGCGGAGGCGGGGAUUGUGAGGAAGUUGUUGAGGACAGCUGCAGCCGGUGCGGAUGUGGCAGUGAAUUCGUCUUGCUUCUGCAGGCUCGAGACUAGCAAACUCCCAGAAACGGAAAAGAAGUGCUGUAAUGGCCGAGAGUAGUCACCUACAAAUACGAUCAUCUUAACCUUUCAUAUCAUUCAGGUUCCACUUUGGAUGCCUGC